AUGAGUGACCAGGAGCGCGGUGCACAGUGUAGGUCGAGACAGUUUGUGUGUGGGCAGGUGCAAGAUGUACAGAUUAAGAAAAAUCUUGCAGACAGAGAAGAGCCUCUGAAGGAAAUGGACAGUCUAAGGGAAGUACUAGAACAGCAUCCUCUUCAUUUUUCUUUCCAUGAUGGGAAAGUUAUGAAGCUUUGUCCUGUGAGGAGUGAACAGACCUGGGCUCUGAACAUAAAGCGAGGCAUUCUCAGUGUCCUGCAGACAUCACAAGCAUCCACUGCUAGUACAGUUGUUGAAGAGGUGGAUGUUCUGGGAAUAUGCCCAACCAGGUAUCAGCGGAAAGGUUCUGUUUUUGUCAAGACAAGGGACUUAAACCUCUGCUCUCAUCGGUAUUCUGGCUUUACUUCUGUGCAGUCUGUGGUUCUUCCUCAUUCUGAGCAGAAGAUGCUGUCCUCCAAACUGGAGUGUAUUCAGAGCAUUAAGGAUGGAGUCCUGGUAGAGGCCAAAUGUACCGAGUACAACCUGCUUACGCUGUUCUCUCAGAAGGGCAGUGGGGCAAAGACACAGACACAGUCUUCAUUGACACUCUUUCAAGUGGAAACAGAGACAUUGUAUAGAAAAGUGGACUCUGGGGAUCUGUAUGUGACCAACAUGCUCUAUGAAAGAGAAGAAACUGAGAGAGAAGUCACCGGAGGGGAAGUGACUGAACUAGUGUGGAAGCUUUGCUUAGCACAUAGUACGAGUUUUGAGACUGCAGACCUUUUCAUGACUCUUGUGUUUGAGCUUCGACAUCUUUCUCUUGAAGCCUUAAAAGCACUAUGGCAAAGAUCUUCGUUUAAAUGCAGAGACAACUGGCAGCCACUAAUAGAUGCUCUCCCAUCUUGUGCUACAGAGGCAUGUGUUAUCCUAAUGAAAGAAAUCAUAGCUUCUGGAGAAAUUGAAGAAGACAAAAAGGAGUAUUUCUUCUGGUCAUUGUCAUUCAUUCCUAAACCCACCUCAGGCAUGAUUGAAUCUCUUGCUCCAUUGCUGAAGUUACCAGGAGCAAGCCAGAGCUGUUUCUUAGGAGUAACUGCUCUCUUACACAGAUUUUGUUCAGCUUACAACUCCUGUGAUGGUGUACCUGCUGUGCAGAGUGUGAUGAGGACUCUUGGGAAAUUUUUGGGAGGAAAUUGUACCGUGCAAGAUACAGAACAACUCAGCAAGAUGCAACUGGUGUUAAAAGCCAUUGGAAAUGCAGGCCUGGCAGCAGCUUCACUAGCUCCUGCUCUGAGCUUGUGUGCUUCCCUGAAAAACAAUCCAAUCCACAUUCGUUUAGCUGCUAUCCAGGCCUUCAGGCGCAUUCCCUGUUCUGACAGGAGUACUGUAUUAGUCCAUCUGUAUCAAGAAACCAGUGAAGAUGUGGAAAUAAGGAUUGCUGCUUACUAUAUAGCAAUGAAAUGUCCACAUGGAGAGUUAUUUAAACAAGUACAAAAGACUUUGCUGAAAGAAACGUCCAGUCAAGUGGGCUCCUUUGUUUGGAGUCAUCUCUCUCAGCUCCUGGAGACAGAUGACCCACUGAAGAAGUACCUUCGAGAUUCUAUUCCUGAUGAAAUCCUGAGCAGAGAUUUUGACCGGGAGACAUGGAAAUACUCCUCAUAUUCUGAUGCCACAUUCCACUCAGCUGGUGCAGGUGCAAAUAUGGAAGCAUCAGUGGUCUUUUCUCCUGCAUCUUUUCUACCACGAUCAGUCAUGACAAAUUUGACUGUUCACCUUAUGGGGCAGGCUGUAAAUCUGCUGGAGGUUGGUGUACGAUUAGAGAAUGCUGAAGCUCUUGUGCAGAAGACCUUUGGGCAGAAAUCUGCGCCUUUCAGUGACUACUUUUUUGCAAACACUAAUGAAAGAAACCACAAGUCAGAAAAUCCAGUGAAAACAACAGGAAAAUUCAAGCAGAGGAAGCUGACUUUGAAGCAGUAUGGCUCCACUGAUCAUCUUGUGACGAAGUCUGGCAAACCAAAGUUGAGGAAAGCUAACCAGAAUUGUCCUAGUAGAAAGUACAGUAAAAUGAGUGAGUUAGUCAAAAAGUUUACUGAGACAAGGGUGGGAAAGGAGGCACUGAAAUGUGAGCUAAGCAUGAAAAUCUUUGGAAAUGAACUUAGCUUCUGGAAUUGUGAAGAUUUAAGAAAACAAAUGAAACAUUAUUCUUUAAGUCUGGCUGAGUUGGCUGUCAAACUUCUGAAGGGCCAAGAGGUCCAGUUUAAUAGAAGGAUGAGUUUGGCCACUGAAGAAUUGCAGUUCCCAGCAAUUUCAGGCUUUCCUGUUCAGCUGGCAGUCAAUGCCUCAGCAGCAGUUAACAUAAAAAUCAAAGGGAAUGCGGAUUUCAAACAACAGUCAAAUUUCUUUCUAAAUGGGUAUAUCAAGCCAAGUGCAUUUGUCCAGCUUUCUGCUCAAAUGGGAACUGUGGGGACUCUGGGACAAGCUGGCCUAAACUGGGUAAUAGGAAUGAGGACAUCUUCUAGUCUUGAUGGGGGAAUCCAGGUAAAAAAAGGGCAAGAGCUCAAAGUUUUUUUGAACACUCCAGAAGAAUCUAUGGAGAUAAUUAAUUUCAGCUCUAAGCUAUACUUCACAAUGGUGGAUGAGAUGGAAGGUACAGAUGUUUUCCAACACCACACAGAAGCCAGAUCUUGCACUAGGGAGGAAGUGUCUAAGAUUAUUGGCUGGCAGCUGUGUUCUGAAAUGUCAUAUCCUGCCUCAGUCAGUGAUUUGGUUUUUCCUCUUACUGGACCUUUGAGAGUGGCUGUCACAUUAACAAAGCAAGACAGAGGCCUGCAGCAGUACAUUGUGGAAGCUGCAUAUAACUAUAUUGCUCAGGAGAAUUCAUGGAUCCCAAAUGAAGCUGUCCUUCACUUCUUCAUUGGGACACCAAAGUCAGACUUGAAAAGGGAUGUUGGCAUUGACCUAAAUUUUAGUGUCCCACAGAAGAAAUUCAGAAUCCAAUUUAUGCAACCUAAGAAAAAAAUUGUGAUUGAUGGGAGAAUUGAGUUUUCUAAAAGUUUACGAGUUGGACACCUGGAGCUGAUAGUGGAUGAUCAAGAUGUAUAUUACAUUAAGGGAAUGGCAGAUUUGCAGAUGUUGGGUGGAGAGCAGAGGUAUGUGACCCAGCUGGAGGUAAAGCUGAUAAAGGAAAGCAGUCCUAUAAUUCUGUCAGGAAACAUCACUAAACAACUUGGCAAGAAGAUAACUUUUUCAGUAUCUCUGAAUAAUUUAUUGAAGGAUGCUGCAUUUCUUUCAGUGUUUCUGGAGAAGAAGGCUGAUGAUAAGCUGAGACAAUACUCAUUGGAAGGGGAGACUUACCUUCCAGGUGUUGUUGGAGUUCGUGUCAUCAGUCUUCUCAAGCAAACUGAAGGCUUGUGGUCUCAUGGUUUGAGGAUAAAAUAUGGACUCCUAGGAGAGGCAAAGAAUCUUCAUCAUGAAUGCAGUAUGCGGCAAAAGAUGAAAGCGGAGACGGAUUCACAUGGCAUGUACAAACUUGAUAUUGGGCAUGAAUUUCACUGUAUGCAGACUCCGACCUAUAAUCACAAGGUUCACCUGAAACAUGAAACAAGUGCAUCUUGGCUUUCCUCCCAGAUGGAAAUUAGCUAUGGGAAACACUGGGAUGAAAUAAGCAACAGGAAGAAAGUGCUGAUUACCCAAGCAUUUAAGAACAGUUCCAGUUCAUCUCUAGUCAACUAUUUCAUGGAGUUUACCAUGCAAGUCCUGGAAAAACAGGUGAAUUAUAGAACCCAGCUCCAGCACUCGCACGCCUCUCAGGUUUAUUUGCAGAGUAGCACCAACUUUGAGGUGCAGUACAAUGACCACAUGCCAUUUGUGGCUGGGCUGCUGUGGAAAGAUGCAUCCGGAAAUGGCCUGAAGAAGUGGGAAGGUGUAUUAAAUAUAGACACCCCAUGGCUAUAUCUGCAUGCAGCUCUCAAACUACAUCAGUCUCAGCAUUCUGCUUAUUUGUUGACUAUGGAGCUGACAGCUGGAAAAUCUCUCUCCAUUAAGAAUCUUGUAGUGGAACUACUGUAUAAAGAUCAAGGCAAUGAAAAGGAAGGGAAAGUUCACAUUUACACACCAGCUACCACGUACCUACAGGCAUCUACAUUUCAUCAUCUUGGGAAGAAUGUUCUGCAUAGCUAUAGUGAAAUGGUGUCUCUGUGGAAUCAGCUUGUGAAGAAUGAGAUUCAUUUGGAGAAUAAUGAACGAGCCAAGUUUCUCUGCUUUAAGAUAAAGAGUGCAAAACAGGAAUUUAACUUCACAGCCAGCUAUCAGAAUCUGGCAGUGUUUGAAGGCCAGAUAGAAGAACUGAAGGAGAAGAUGCUCUAUCAAAAACGUGGAACCCUCUAUUUUAGACACCCUUUCAAAGUGCCCAUUUUGCAGAGCUUCCUUCUGCAGGAGACGUUUACUGUUGACAAAGAGCAAAAGCACUAUUUAAUGGAAACAAAAGUUCUGAUAAAUGGGCUGGAGGAAACAGUUCAAACUCUUACACUUGGUUACCAACCUGAAAAACCCUAUAUUUGUGCUAGGUUAGUUCAUCCAUAUAACUACAAGUUGUUGCCCAAAGAAGUUGAAAUAUGCAUUUUGACUCGAAAUCACCAAAACUUGAAGCAUGAGCUUGAGACUGCCUUGAAGGUCAAUAAGGAAGGUGUUCUCAGCUUUCUGGGGAGAUAUGAGGACAAAUCCAGUGAGGCAGGUCUUAGACAUCUUUUAUACAUGGAUGUGACACAUUCAUUCCAGCUUGAGUUGCCACGAGCAAUGGGCCUAAGUGGGGAGCUGUUUUCCAGGCAGACCAAGCUGGAACACUUUGACUACAGUGUGAGUGUAAAAGCCAUCAUCAACAAGAACGUGUCUUCACAGGCCCAGGCAUCCCUAAAGAGUUAUGGUGAGAGCAGUUUCAAUAGCUCUUUUUGCCUUCAUUACAAUGGAAGGGACAUGCUGAUGCUGGAGGUUGAUAUGAGCAAGGAAAACAGGAGAAAAAACAGAGCUGUUGAAUUGAGGGCUUUCCUCCAUCAGGCAAUUCUGACAAAUCCAGAAUCAAUACAAUUCCGGCUCCUAGGCAAAGUAUUUCCUUCAAGACUUUUGAUAUCUUCUGAGAUGAAGCUUAAUGAAAAUAGGCUUCACAUAAAUUUCAUGGGAGCCAGGGAGCAGAAAGUCGGUCUUGUUUUGUCCUUAUAUGGAAAAGUUCAACACACAUUUGCUGGAUUAAAGGCUGUACCUCAUCAUCUUUCUCUGAAUGGAUUACUGAUGUGCAAAAACAACAUUCAUGAUGGUAACAUCAAUGUGAUGGUCAACAAAACAGUGUAUGGGCUCCAUCUCAGGAACAGAAAUGUAUUUGGGAAUACCACCGUACACAGUAUCACUUUUGCUAUGUUUCAGAAUGGCAGUCAGGCAAUCCCUGUGGAGGCAAAACUGAAAGGACGCCUGGAGCUGAGCAAAGAACUGAAAAGGGGGCUAGCUAACUUCCAGGUGGAUGAGAAAGCCCUUUUUGUAGAUUUUUCCAAUAUCAUGAGUCAUGGGCACAGCAGCCUCAGUGGGACCUUUGCACAUAAUAUCAGCUUUUUAAAAAAUGCAGGAUUGCCUUUGGAUGUUAUUGUUACUGCCAUGUGUGAUCAUGACACAAGCAAUCACACGAUUACGGUAGUCCUGCAGAAUGGUACUGAAAGGAUUACCACUGUGUUUGGAAGUCACAGACUGUCCACAGAGCAUCCUAAAUCUGAGAUAUCUGUGAGUUUAAAGCACAACAUCUCAAAGAUAAAGGAACAUGGGAUCCCUUUUAUUGUGGAAGCUGCUGGCUAUUAUGAGAAUUUCACCAGAAAGACUGCUGCAGGGAUAACAGCCACAGUGGAGAUGAAACAGCUCAAAGUUGAAAUAGAGAAGAAAACCACUGGCAGUGCUGUGGAAAUUUCUCUUUCACUUCACCAUGAUGUGGAAGGACUGAUUUACAUUGUUCCACGCACUCCAGCAAGAGUUUCGCUGAAUGGGUCAGUAUUUACCAGCAACUUUACUGUCAUCUUCUUUGGACAUGUUUCUUUUCACAACAUGUUUGCCUGCCUGCACCUCCAUGCCACCACUAACAUCCAGCCUCAUUUAAGUAUUGACUUCCAGCAUUCUUUGCCUUUGCUCCAGUCUCUGGGAAUUGCUGGAGAAAACCAAGUGAAGGUGUCAGCUGUGAAAAGUGACAAAUAUAAGGGCAUGUUUGAUGUUGUCCUUGGGCCUUGCAGUUUGAAAGCUGAUGGAGAAAUGAGCCUGGGAAACAAUGAAACAGAUACAGAAUGGGUGCUUACUUUUAGAAACAAGUGUGUCAGUCUAGAGAGAAUGGGAUUGCCUCAUGCUCUAGCCUUUAGGAGCUCAUUUCAUCAGAACAUCUGCAAUGUGGGCUUGUUAAUGAACCUCCAGUGUGAUGGCAGAACAGUUAAUGUGCAGAUAGACACUUCCUGCGAACGGGAAUAUACACUGCAAGGAGUGCUCAGGCAUUCAGUUCACUGGCUGAGUCAGCUUGGGCUGCCUUCUGAAAACUCUGUCAUGUUAUCUGCAGCCACAGACUCCACCACAGAGGGCAUUUUGUUGCUGCAGGCUGGCAAGUGCAAACUUAAGGCUAGAGGAGAUCUCUCUAUUCAGAAUAAAACUGAAUGGACGCUGGAAGCGGAAACAGAAUGUCAGCUUCUGCAGGAUCUCCAUAUUCCAACUCAGUCAUGGCUCACAGGAUCUAUUCAGAAAGACAAGGGCCAAGCAGAACUUUCCUUUGUCCUUGAAACAGCAGGCAAGACUGCCCAUCUUAAAGUGAGAGCAGAGUGCAAGCCAAAGGUUACACUGGAAAUUCAGUUCAGGCAUGACCUCCCUCAACUGAAAGAAAUCCCAAGGGAAAAUAAGCUGUCUAUCACUGCACGAAAACAGUUAAAGUAUCAUAUGGGAAUAGGAAUGAAAUCAGGUGACUGUGAACUGCAAAUGAAUGGAGACUUUGACCCUGAAAAGAAGCUUCAGUGGAAAAUGGUUAUAGAAAACAAAUGCCAAACAAUUCAGGAUCUUGGAGCACCAGUAACAAUUGAUGGUUCAGGCUAUGUUUUGAUGGAUAAAAUGCACCUAGAUUCACAGACUUGGAUCACUGUCGAUGAAAAUAAAUUACAAGGACUCGUUAUACUUAAAGUCACUAAUGAAAGACAAGAGCUGGAUGCAGUGCUAACCCAUAACAUUCAAGGAGCUGCUGACAUUGGCAUUCCUAUGAGGAUGUUAGUUGAUGUGGUAUCAGAAAAAAACAGUGACUUCUAUAAAAGACUUAUUCACUUCUGUGUGAACAACAAGCAAAUUACAGAAGAACUGAGCUUUGUCCAGAAGCUGGAUAUCCUGUCUCUUAACUACAAACUUACUCAUAACAUAGAAGCACUGAAGACUUUGCAAAUAAAAGACAGGGUUGAGUUGCAGGCUACCCUGAACCUGAACGUGAUCAAGAGCUUUAGUAUGAAAGCACAUUAUGGUGCUCACCUAGCAGCUCUUGAGGGACAAAUCCAAGAUUUUGGAACAGAAAACAAAGCCAAGACUAUCUGUGAAAUCCAGUAUGAUGGCAAAGAUAUGUGCUUGUCUGUGGAUAUUGACACAGACUUUCAGCCUUAUGGUAUAUUUGAAUUCAUGGCAGAGGUGAAGCAUUCAGUAUCACUUUUCCAUCAUCUAGGACUUCCCUUCUUUCUUAAGAUGACAGUUCAGGAAGUCCUGACGGAAAAUGAAAUCAAAGGAGGUCUGAGGCUGACCUAUGAACAAAACACAAACUUCUCAUUUAUCAUCAGUAGGAAAAAAGACCAACAAGGGAUGGAAGAAAGGGAUUUCAAUGUUACAGCUAAGCUAGCUGUCACUAGAACCAGCUACACUAAUGUCAUUGAAGUAAUACAGACAAUGUCGCAGUUAAAAAUUCUUCCAAGGCAGCUUGUGGUUAUGAUGGAUUAUGAAAAAGGCAACAGAACACAUAUGCUGAGGCACAUUGCUCUGUGGGAUGGCAAGGAGUUAAAGGUAACAGGAACUUACACUGGACUCUUCCCAAAGUUGCCUGGAGGUCAUCAUGUUCAGGUGGAACUUUUCCAUCCCCUCUCCAUCCCUUUCCCAUGGCAUACCAGGGUCAACUUAUAUGUGAAACAUUCAGCACGUAGUCACCAGGAUGAUCUUACAGUCAUCUGGAAUGAGAAGGACCAGAUAUCAGUGUCAUCUUCUCUGAAGUUUGGAAGACACCGUAUGAACUGCAGAGCUAGUAUUGCCCACCCAUUUAAUUACACUCUGAAGCAACUGGAGAUCCAUUCCCUGUCAGACAGAAGAGGCAGAAAGUACAAUCAGCAGCUGCAGCUGACAGGGAAUGGUGGGCAGCCUGCUAACAUCCAGCUGACCCUGGAGGAUAAAUCAGUGAUGGACAGCACUGCCUGGGGUGGCUGUAUGAUGCUCUCUUCAGGUCAGCUUCAGAGACUAUUACAUAUAAAACACCUGCAUGCAUGUGGGUCUCUAGAGCGAAGACCAGCAUUGUUUAAUGAAUAUCUAGAUCUGAGCUGGGAUAACAAAAGAUUCAAACACAACUUAACUUUUGAGAGAAAUCAAUUCUUAUAUCCUAAUAAGUUUCAGUUAGAAGCUGUUUUGGAGAAUAUAUUCCUGACCUCAUGCACCAAACAGAAGAUUCUGGGUAAAGUGGAAACAAACUACUUGUCUAGCCUGGACUAUGAUAUGUGCUUUGAAUUCUGUGACCUUCCACAUGUAAUUGUUUUCUCUGGAAAACACCAGCUCAACAAAGAUGACAUCAUUUUGCAGUCAGAGAGCAGGUUGCACCUUGCUGAUCAUGGCAGAGAUGAGGGGUUGAUUGGAAUAUCCUUAAAAAAUCGGAGUACAGCUGAUGUGAAGAACUAUUCUUUGGAAAUUGAAUUAAGAGCCUUUGAAGAUACUUGGCUAGGCCUGACAGGAACUGCUACUUCCUCAUCUGUGCAGAGCCAAAUCCUGGUGGAGGGGAUUGUUGAUCAGAAAGAGAAAGUAAAAAUAGCUGCUUCUAAAGGAAAGGAAUGUUUCCAGUGCUACGUGGGGUAUUUGAAAGGGGAUUUAGAAGAAGGAAUGGAAGUCAGCGCUUGUACCGAUGGGCAACAGAUGGCUACUGUUAAUACCUAUCUCAACAUUAAUGGUGAAAGGCAAGAAAACAUGGGACAGAUGACUCUAUCAGCUGUUAAUGGAAGCCUGAGUUUUCUGGCUCAUGGUUGUGGGGAUCCAGUUCUUAAGGCUGAGUACAAACUUAAUGAAAUUGGGAGCCUUCUGAAAGCCAAACUGGUGGAGAAGAUAAAGAAGUUUGAGGGAUAUAUGUGGAGAUUCAGGAGCUCAGUGCAGCAAGUUGAUUUUCUGUCGGAAGCAGCCUUCUGGCCCUCCAUAGCCUUGCAAAAGGUAGCGGGAUUACUCCACAGUGUGGGUAGCGCUGUCGCCCAGGUGUGGAAACAAAGUGGAAUUGGGCAUAUACUGAGAAGUAAACUCCCACUUUACCUGGAUAAAAUUCAAGACAUUGUCCAGCAAAUGCAGAAUGAAUUGCAAAACCCACUAGCAACUUUGAAGGAUGCCUACUACGAUGUAACCCUGAAACCACUGGAUGAAGUUUGGCAAGAGAAGACAGAGGAGUACAUGAAGAAAAUCCAGGCUUUUUUACCCAAGAUAGUAAAAGAUGUGUGGCUAAUGAAACCAAUUCAGGUGGCACUGAAGGCUGUGAAAGCGGGCUUGGACAUGACUACACAGCAGAUGCUCAGGUGGGCAGAGGCCAUGUUUUCUAGAGCUGUGAGCAAGAUCCGGAAGCCCUUACUCAACCUGUACAGUUUCUCAGCCAGGAACUGUUCAGUGGCAAUAAAACUGCCAGUACUUCCUAAAGUAGGAUCCCUGGAUCUGGGAAAUAUCACUCAUUAUCUCAUUGAAGAAAAGCUAAUGAGGCCUCUCCGAGAUCUCUACAAUGUCAACAUAGUUGCAGAGUAUUAUAGAUUCAAACGGAGGAUGCUGGAGAGUCCCUUUGAAUAUCAUGCUAUGUUAAUGGGGACCAAGCAUCUUAUGACUUUUGAUGGCAAAAUUUAUGAUUUGGCAUCAAAGUGCAGUGUACUUCUUGCCAAGGAUUUUGUUCACAAUACUUUCACUGUAAUACUAAAUGAGGAAACUAGUAACUCAAGAUCCCUGUAUGUGGAGAUGAACAAGACCGUGAUCAACAUCUCCCCAAGACUGAAGGUAUCCAAGAUGUACAACUUCUCCUUUAUGGAAGAGAACUGCCAAGCACUGGAUCAGUCCCUUGAAAAGAAUACCAUUAAUUCAAGGAGAGAAACCAACAAAAUAGAAGUGUCCAAUCAGAAAGGAGUUUCUGUCUCUUGUGACUUCCAGUAUGAUCUCUGCACUGUCACUCUGGCUGGCUGGCAUCAUGGCAUCUCAGCUGGGCUUUUUGGUACCAAUGACAAUGAAGCUGGAAAUGAAUGGAUCCUUCCUAAUGGUUCCAUCACUGACAAUGUGCAGGAGUUCACACAGAGCUGGCAGGUGAACACUUGCAGGCUUGUACAGAAGAAAGCGGAGCCAUGUCCAAAUAAGCAAAAAGUCUGUAAAGUGUUUUUUGAGGAACCACAUUCCCUUCUUCGGAACUGCUUCAAAGUUGUGGACCCUGCACCAUUCUACAGCAUGUGCACUUAUGACUCCUGUGGAUCACAUGAGGUGAAGGCUGCCUGCAGUUUAGCAGCAGCUUUUGUUCACUUGUGCAACCAAAACUUUGUCCCUGUAGAAAUUCCUCCUCAGUGCUUGAGCCACUUCUGAAUGGCAGAUACCAGCCCUGAAGAUUUAAGAACCCUUUUAGCACCCAAAAUAAAACAACUGAUUAAGGUAGACAAGCUAGAAGCAAUAGCAGGGAGACCAGUAAAAGUGGGAAUGAAUUUGUGUUAGCACUAUGAGUGUAAUGAAUCAUAUAUAGUCUAGAAAUAAAGCUUUUCACCCAGAAACACCUGGGGUAAGAGGAAUGAUUUCAGUACAGUGAUGGAAAGAAAUUGGACAUAAGAUUAUCAGUUACUUGAAUAAAAAAAUAAACCUCCCAUUCAGUGGCAAAGGUGUUUCUUGACAAGCCUUGAACCGCAGCAGGAAUAUGUGUAAAGAUGACAAAAGGUCUCUGCCAGUGAAGACUGGUACAAGUGGGCUCCUCUGUGAAGGCAGCAUGUAAGCUUUGAGCUGGGCAGAGAUGCUGACUUCCUUUUUCUCCAGAACUGUAACUGAGCUACCCAGUAAAUUCUGGAGGAAGUGCCCUUUUUCCAGGGAAGUGCCCCAGCACCCAAGAAGGCUAAGCAAGAAGUAAGAUGGUUAAAUAACUGAAAGUUUUAAAUCAUUUUCUCAUUUCUGUUCUGGUUGAUUUUUCCCUUAUUACCAUGUACAUUGUUAAAUGAGAACCAGCCUUCUUGGUAUCUGUUCAUCAGCUUCACAGUCUCCCUUUGUGUCUUGUGAACUAACCCCCUUCUCAGAAACUAGUUUACAUGUUGGAAGGGGUGAACAAUACCUAUCCUGUCUACAGAGUAGUGUUAAGGUGCUACUGAUCGAUGUGUGAAAAUGUUUUACCUGUUAAAUUACUUUCUAUAGUGUAGGUCCUGUUGAUAAAAAAAAGCAUUACAUUUUCUCCACACAAUACCAGAAACACAAUUAUUCCUUAGUAAAUUGUAAUGCUUCAGAAUCCUUCAGGCAAUUUUGCAUAAUAUGCAACCAUUGAAAUAAUUGUUAAUAAACUUUUGACUUGCUUAUUUUUA